AUGGUGGAAGAAAUAAAGUUUUUCUAUGAUAUAGCUUAUGAUACUUGUUAUAAAGAAAGUAGUAAAACUUCUCCGUACUGUGCAAAAGUAUUAGAAAAUAAGUCAAAAAGAUCUUUUACAUAUGAACCUGAACACAAAAGAUAUAUUAAAAGAUCUGCUGAUCCAUUAGAAGAUGAAUUAUCUUAUCAUGGUUUAGUAUAUAUGCCAAAAACUCGUAAACGUAACCCACAAUCAUUAUUAAAAGAAAAACGUACAUUUAAACGUGAGGAAACAGACACAAAUGCUCAAAAUUUGGAAUCUAAUUUAACAUCUAAUUUGACAUCUAAUUUGGCGUCUAAUUUGACAUUUAAUUUGACGUCUAAUUUGACAUCUAAUACGUCAACUACAAGUCCAAUCGUUAAUACCACUUUUAAUAAUUCAACGACAGAAGAGACAGAAGAUGUAAUAUUGAAAUUAGCAUUAAGUUUGACUAAAUUAAGAUAUAUUUUUCGAAAUCCUCCACCAGCAAAAAUUAAUCCGAAUGGAUGGCCAGACAAAGAUGUUUAUGAUCCUGCAUUGGAUAAAAUGUUUUGGUGGAGGAAUGAUCCAGUAUUGAAUGAAUUUCAUGAACACUGGCAUAUAGUAAUGAUGACUGUUACGGACAGUAUACCAAGGAAUCGAGAAGGUGAAAAUUUCAUUUACACGCAUAGGCAUUUGUUAGCCAGAUAUGAUGCAGAACGUCUUUGCCUCGACAUUGAAAAAGUAAAAGCUUUAACCGACUAUGUAACACCAGUACCCGAACCGUUUUAUCCUCACCCAUAUUUAGUAGAAGAUUGGAAUGAUGAAAAAGUUCCUUUCCCGGCCCGUCCUGCUAAUCAAUCGUUUCAUGAUAUUGUUGAAGUAGUUGAUGGUAAAUUGAAAACCUGGACGAUUGUGGAAAUGGAACGUUUACGAGUUUCAGUGAUUGAAUGGAUUGACGGUGGAACAAAUGAUGAAUAUCCGACCCCAUUACAAUUAACUGAUUCGGAUACUGCUAAGCUAGCUCUCGAUGUAGAAACAAAUUUACAUAAUUAUGGUCACGAAUUGUUUAGUUAUAUGAUGCAUCCUUAUACAAUUGGUUAUCCUCCAAGUGUACUUGUCGGUGCUCGUGCCGGAAUACGUGAUCCAUUAUUUUGGAGAUGGCAUCGUCAUCUUGAUGAUUUAUUAUUGAGAUGGCAAGAUCGUUUUGAGCCAUCCGAUUUUCAUCACGAUGCACCAAAUGUUACUAUUCGUCAAACUGAUAUCAUACUUUCUUUCACAGAUGUACUCCUCAAAGUUUAUCCUACAGGUCAAAAAGAUAAAUGGAGUGAAUUCGGAAAAAAAACUUUUGGCGGUAGUAAUUUUGAUGUUGAUUUUCUAUAUAGUCCAAUUGUUACCAAUGAAUUUCAUACUAAAAUGAAAUAUAGAGAGUACGUCUGGAGAGAAGAUUUAUUUACCAAAGAAAAUAUAUCUUACGUAUAUCCUAGAGAAUGGAAUUAUUUUCUACGUGUCACUAAUGAAGUUAAUAUUGUGAGUAUGAUUUUAUUAAUUAUUGUAUUAAAUGAACGAACUUCAACUAUUACAUUUCGUAUAUUCUUUGUUCCUGAAGUAUAUGCUGACUCAAGGGUACAUUGGAUAGAAUUAGAUAAAUUUAAAGCAAUUCUCCAACCCCUUGAAAAAGCAGUUAUCGUUCGUGAAUGUGAUAAAUCUAUAAUAAUUCGUAAACCAGCUCAAAAAACUGAAAGUGAAUUUGAUGAAUCUCAGAUUACUCCUAGUAUGAAAAAAGCCAAUUUACUUCUCACCGUUCAAGCUAAAUCCGAAAAAGCAUUUUGUAAUUGUGGAUGGCCAUAUCAUAUGAUUUUACCUAGAGGUACUAAAGGUGAAGGAAUAAAAUUUAAAUUGAUAGUAUUUAUUUCUGAUGGUACGAAUGAUAUGGUCCCACUUUAUGAUCAGUGUGGAAGUACAGUUUUAUGUGGUGGUGAAAAAUGGGCUGAUAGAAUUCCUGAUGCUAGACCUUUAGGAUAUCCUUUUGAUAGACCAUUUAAAAAUGGAUCUUAUGAAAAAACUUUUAAAGGACUACAUAAUGCUGCUAUUAGAGAUGUUACAAUUAUAUGGAAAGAUGAUGAUUUUCCCGAAUUUUAG